AUGAGCAAAGAACAAAAGUUAAUAGUUCCGGAAAAAAAUUUACUAAAAUAUGACAACCCUAUCCGAGUUUCACUAGAGGAUUUCCUUAAAACCAAGAAAGUAGAAUCGACACCUUUCGAUCUACGGAAAUUCUGUGAGACCACUUCAUCAGAAAAUGUUCUUUACAGCAUAAUGCCACCUCGUAGGAUGGAGAUAAAAGGUGAACACUUCAUUCAGGAGGUCUCGUCCACCCCAGCAACUAGAGCAGAAGUGGUUCAACUCACCAAACAACUGGAUGAAUUGCUUGAAGCUCGUGGAGCAAAAAUGACCGGCAUUUGUCCAGUGAGGAGAGAACUCUUUACUCAAGCAAGGUCAAUAAACGUGUUCGAUGAGAUAAUCCGACAGUUAACAAUCGAAUGUACCGAGCAGGGUCUCCUGCUUCUUAGAGUUCGAAACGAAAUUCAAGCAACCAUUUCCGCUCUCCAAUCCAUCUAUUUGUCAGGUGUCGUUUUUGGUGCUCAAAAAUCACUCGCACGCGAAGCCGAUCGUAGGGAUCAGUCCACAAAAAUAGGCCAAUUGGAGGCAGAAAUUGCAGAACUGGAAAAGAAUAUUGAGAUUGAAAAGCUGAAAUGUAAAAGUAUGGAAGAUAAAGCUGCUAGCCGAUUGGCCUCAUUCACUCGUAGAGCUGAAGAAGAUAUCAAUUUUCUUCGAAAAACCCAUGAUCAACUGAAGAGUCAAUUGGAGGAUGUGUUGAAUCAAUUUAAAACCAUUGCCGUUGACUAA